CCCUCAUUACCCCACACCUACAAUCACAUCUUCGCAGCCCCUCCUGUCCAAUCGUGUAGCCCUUCACAUCGAGGCACCAAUCGCAACCACUCUCUUUGCAACCCGUUCCUUUCGACUACCGCCCACGCGAUGCUCUGCAUCCCUACGCCAAACCAUCGCGCCUUGGUGACCGGGUGCUACCCGCCGCCCAAGAAGCUUGCUGGCGUAGAGAAGCCGAACUCCAACGAGCUGGGCAAGCUUGUGUAUUACGCCCAGUCGAAGCCCGCCAAGCUUUCGAAAGUGGGCAAAGUUCUCGAAGAGAGGGCAGCAAGCGAUGCUCGCAAUGUACCCUCGGGCGGGGAGAAGUCUCGAUGCGGCCUCCUGAUCACCCUCGCAAUCCUCAAGAACCUCGUCACCGACUGCCGUAGGGAUAUCACCUACAUUUCCAAGUCGGCGCAGGUAGUAUUGCAGCACGCCGUCACCGCAUCGGCCAAGGCAGGUGCAGGCGGACGUCGUGACUUGGAGCUCUCAGCGCGCGCCUCGAGCACCUUCUUCGCCUUUGCGUCAGCCAUUGACCCAUCGCGCUCCUCGGUUGAGGGCGACCUAGGCAACAGCUACCUGGCUCUACUUCGUGGUUUCAGCGAGAUGGCAAUGGAGACCAUGCAGGACCAAGAGGAUCAAAAUCGUUUCCGCUUGAUCGGCCUAGGCGCCCUCUCAGGGGCAGUCGGUUCAGACGCGUUGUACACGCCUUCGUUUGCUCAGCAGAUCGAGGCAAUCGUCCCUCCGCUCCUCGGAAACAUUCAAGCCAGUAUCUUGCCCCUCGAGGCUUUGGAGACAGAAGCCCAGAAGACGAUCAGCGGCACGCCCUCCUUCUCCGAGUUCGCCUCCGCAACCCGCAAACGCCCAGGGCAUCGUCGCGCCCCUUCCCUCUCGGGCCACAUUGCAGGCGAAAAGGGGCCUGACCGCAUUCAAGUGGUUUCAGCCUCAAUGGGCAUCCUUCAGUCCCUCUUCCGCCACGCGGAUGCCACGCAGGUGCAAGAAGCCAUGCGUCCAGUCUUCAAAUGGAUGGACGGGCGUGGUGGUUCGCCGCAGUGGGGCCAGGAAGACUGGGCCUGCUUCCUCGCCAAGACUCUCUCCCGCUCGACGGCCCUGCAAUAUCGCUUUGUUGUGCUCACGAGCUUCAUCGAGUACCUGGUAGAACACUGCGAGGGCCCGCCACAGACCAAGCACGCCACGCUCCUUGCAAUGAUCACCGAGACGUUGCGCGCUAAAGACCUUACGCUCAUCGGCCUCAGCACAUCGGACGCUAUGAACAAUCUCGCAGGUUUGCUGGUCAGGCGCGUUCACUUCGACCUCAAGGACCCCUUGCUUCCGCAGAUCGUCGAGGCCAUCGAGUCGCUGGCCUCGCACGUCUACUACGCCGAGCAGCUGAACGAUAUGGCCGAGGAGCUCGUGGCGCGCAUUGUUGCUCUCACGCAGCCCGAGACGGACGUAGGCGAGGCGACGAGGACCAGUCACUUGGGCAGGAGGGCGAGCGUGACGGCAAAGAGUGGCGAGGAGCAGCGGAUGGAGAGUAUUCGUACACUCUUGUUCGCCUUGACGAGGACGAUUGUCGUGGCAAACACGGCGGGUGCCUCGGACGGAGAGGUUCGCCAGGCGAUGGAGGAGGACCUGGAGAAACCUGCACCCAAGGGCAAGGAUGCUGCGAAGACGCAAGCGCAGGCCAAGUUGGGCAUCACGACUGCCGGGACUCGCUCACGUAUCCAGCCCAACGUUCUCACGCCAACCGCAGCGCUGCUUGCAUGCUCGGACGCUCCAGUUCGUCUUGCAGAGGCUCAGCUGCUUCUCACCUACCUGCAGCUCGAGGCGACCGAACAGCAGGACGCCUCUUCCUCUGAAAUAGCCUCACUCGCCCACGGUGUAGCCGCCGCAGCUCACGUAGCCGCUUUGAGCUCCUCGCUGCGCUUGAGCAGCUCUGCAGCGAGCGCUCUGCAGACCGGCAACCCAAUGGAAGCUCUCGUUGCCCUGGACAGGGGCGAUGCGCGUGCCAAGGCCUCGACCGCAGCUCACUCCGCUGUCCCGCUGGACUACUCCAGUCUGGCCGAGGUGUUCACCCAUCUUGUAGCACCACGAGGCGGAGGAACUGCUGCCGGCUUACUGGCAAUCGUGCCAGCUCUCUUCUCCCUUGACAGGAGCGCAGCAACGAAGCUCGUACCGGACGCCGCCUCUCCUGCCAUCGUAGCGCAGCGACGUCGGGCCUGCCGCCUGGUACUGGCGAAGGUUUGGUCGACCAUUGGUCAGGAAUGGAACAUCUCGCCUGCGUCAAAAGAGGCAAAGGCAGUUCUCUCCGCCCUUCCCUCGAACCAAUUGCCACCUGUACCUGCCCCUCACCCGUCGCUGAACCUGGCUGCGGAGACGGAGCUCUUUCCAGAGUCUGGUGCCAAUGGGGAAGGCAGCGGAGCCGCCUCAGAGUGUUUCGGCAAGAGCGGGCUAGUCAAGGCUAUAGCAGCGAGUCAGGAGGUGCAAGACUCUACCGGCCUCUCUGCAGCGGCAAUCGAGCGCUGGCUCCUCCGUGACUGGAGUGUCAGCAUUGCAGUGGACGACGCGAAUGUUGGUGCCACGCCAUAUGCAGCUGAUCACCACGGUGAAGGGGAUGGAGAUGGAUUGGGUGGUGCGAGCGGGGUCUCUAGGAUCCAAAUUCGAUCGGCUGCUUCUGGCGCUGGAGCUGGUCGAGCUGGAGCUGGAGCAGGAGCAGGUGCUGCUUCCACGAGGUCGGGCGUGGAGGACUUGCGCCAAGCCCUGGGCAGCAGGACGUACGGUGGGUCAGCGAGCGUGAAGCGCGCCAUCUCGCCUACUGCGGCCUCUGGUGUAGGCAAGGGGAUGCCUGCGCCUGCCCUUCCCGGCCUCAAUGGUGGGGACAACGGAGCUUCAGCCCCUCCCAAUGGCCCUACGUCAGCAGCAGAGCGCAGAGCGAGCAAGCGGGCCUCGCGCAUUCAUUCGUCCAGUGCCGGCGGCGUGGGUGCAAGCCCUUCGAAGGGCAAAGGAGCAGGUGCGACUCCCGGCGUGGGCGGGCUGCUGGAUAGCUUGGGAAUCGCUUCGACUGUGGAGGAGCAGGAGCAACACAAGCCGGCGCUCGUGGCACCCCAUGCCGCUUGAUGCGCUGCGUGUAUACGCUGAGCUCCUUUUGCCAGAUACCCUUCUCCUUCUCUUCUUGACGCCCGGCUACUAGCCACUUUCCUGUUUGGUCUCAUUUGAACUUCUUGCCUUGUAUAUCUCUUUGGACCAUCCAUCGACACACGCUCCUUGCAAUUGCAUUCUCAUCUCGUUCCUCA